AUGGAUUGGGUGCUAAGGAAUGAAAUCAACCUUCAGUUUGCCGUCAACAAAUAUUUUUGGAAUGAUGUUCAUCACGAACCAUGGACCUUACAUGAUCCAAUGUGUAUGUCCAAGAAUAUAGUCAACAUUAUGCGCCUAGAUGACGAGAAUGGCACUCUAGUGAAGGAUGUUUUUAGUUGGGACUCAGAUGAUGAAAAUGCUAUUGACACCACAGGCUGCCCUAGAGCACAUGAACGCAGCUCUCCUCUUUUCCACUGUUUUGGAUUUCAUCCUUAUAAGGAAAUUGUCUUGUUUUAUGAUGACCGCCACUGUACAAUAACAGCCUACCAUUUGAAUAGCUCAAAGAUCCGUUAUUUGGGAAAGGUGGAAAGCUUCUACAACGACAUAAGAGAGUGGUUUCCAUAUGCCGCAUGUUGGGUGAGGGAUCUACCUGGGAGCUGA